AUGGAGAGCCCCCUCGCCGUCCAGGAGCGCUUCCGCUCUAACGACCUGGAGCUUUUGGAGACUGGUCAGUUCAGCGAUGCUGAGGUCGGGGUUAACCAGCGAGUUUGGAAGGUCCACAAGGGCAUCUUGUGCCCGAGGUCGGGUUACUUUCGCAAAGCCUUCUCCAACCAGUCCACCACCGAGGAGACAGCUGAUUUCACGGCCUUCGGGUUCGGGAUCUACGAAGAUAAAGCAGAGCUGAUUCUAGAGUUCAUUUACGCAGGCAGCAUCAAGGACAUCUCCUCGCGCACCAUGGCAGACUGCGUGGAGCUCGCACUCCUGGGCCGUAAAUUCCAGGUCACCGGCAUGAUCCGCUACGCGGAGGACAACCUCUGGAAGAAGCUCAGCGCCCAUCUUCAAGAGGCCAUGACCCUAUCAGCCGAGGCCGAGACCGGGCUCGAGUUGGGCCUCGUGCCCAAAGCCAGCAUCGAUGGUAACGUCUUUCACGAAAACUUCACCGACGCUGUUGUGAUGGCAUACGGCACGUUCAAGCCCCAAAACAUCCCCCUAAACCCCUGCCAGCCCAUCCUCGCGGACUUCGUGUGGGCCGCGCGCGGCCGGCUCCUCGGCAAGCCCUUCAUCGAGGUACUUAAUAUGAACUACCCGCGCUUCGGCAGCCACGUCCUGACCACCCUGAACAAGGGCCCACAGACGCGCUUCCUCAAGUUCUCCGGGCGGCCCUCCAGCACCUUUUGCACCAAGUGCGCGCAGGACGAGGCCGACGGCUCGGGCGAGGCGAUCCAGGUCCUCGUCCCGGCGGGGCGGCGAUAG